GUCACAGAGUAAUACAUUUAGUGCACUCGAAUCUUACGUGUGCACUAAGUGGGAAUAAAUCAUUAAAAAGAAAAUAGAAAAACAUACUUAAACGGCAUUAUAAUCGUUUUUGUAAAAAUCAUUUGGUUUAUAAAUUUUUCCUCCUUUAUAUUUAAAAUAGAGACAUGUCAUUACAUUGUUGAUUUUCAGAUUUUAAAUAGAAUAGUCUUGUUAGUUUUUUAUUCACUUACAGGCGUUUUUAGCAAUAGAUGAACUUUUGUUUUUCAAAGAAGUUCGGUUACGCUUUCGGAGUUUAUAAAAGUGUAUUAAAGUUACGUUCUAAUUUUCAAAGUAUUCAAAUAGUUAAUAUGGGUUUAUUGACGGAAGGUAGCCCUCUUUCUUGGGAAGAAACCAAAGCAUUGGCGGAACAUGUGCGUCGACAUGGUGUUGAACAGUUUAUUAAUCUCUACAGCAAGCUUAGAGACCGUACUGGAGAUGUUCUCAAGUGGGGUGAUGAGGUGGAGUAUAUUAUAGUUAAAUUUGAUGAUGUUAAUCAGCGAGCCACUGUAAGUCUAAGAGCUGAGGAGGUUCUGCCUAAACUGCAAGAAAAAGAAUUGAAAGAUCCUCAAAAUGUAAAAAGUCUCUGGCGGCCGGAAUAUGGAGCUUAUAUGAUUGAAGGUACUCCGGGGAAGCCCUACGGAGGGCUGCUGGCCCAUUUCAACAUAGUUGAAGCAAAUAUGCGCUAUCGUAGGGCCGAAGCAAGUGCACUUUUAAAAGACGGUGAAGUCAUUAUGAGUAUUACGAAUUUUCCUAGAUUAGGCAGUCCAAACUUUACAUCUCCACCAUACAAACCAACUCCAGACAGGGGUGUGUCAUUAUCAUACUUCUUUCCUGAUCAGGCAACAUUCCCUGGACACCCACGUUAUAAGACACUGGCCGAAAACAUUCGGAAGAGAAGAGGAAAUAGAAUGGCCAUAAAUAUUCCAGUUUUCCGCGAUGUGAACACUAAGAUUCCUAUCGACGAUUACCACAAGAUACUGCCAGAUUUGGCCAAACCAGACUCCGUGUAUUUGGAUGCUAUGGGUUUGGGUAUGGGGUGCUGCUGUCUUCAGGUCACAUUCCAGGCUUGUUGUAUAACUGAAGCUCGCACAUUGUACGACCAACUUGCCCCUUUAUGUCCAAUCAUGCUAGCGUUGUCUGCUGCGUCUCCCGUGUACCGAGGUUACCUGACGGAUGUUGACUGCCGCUGGAAUGUCGUCUCGGCCUCGGUGGAUUGCCGUACUAGAGAGGAGUUGGGCUUAGAGCCGCUGAAGAAUGACAAGUUCCGCAUACACAAAUCACGUUACGACUCCAUCGAUUCCUACCUGUCACCUGAACAUGAGAAGUACAACGAUAUCGAGGUGGUGCACGAUCCCGCAGUGUACCGCCGUCUUCGCGAGGGUGGUAUAGAUCACCCUCUGGCGAUCCACGUGGCACAUCUCUUCAUACGAGACACCGUGUCUCUCUUCAGUGAAAAGGUUCACCAGGAUGACGAGAAUGAUACUGAUCAUUUUGAAAACAUUCAAUCUACCAACUGGCAGACCAUGCGUUUCAAGCCGCCUCCUCCGAACUCGCCGAUCGGUUGGCGCGUCGAGUUCCGUCCAUGUGACGCUCAACUCACAGACUUUGAGAACGCCGCCUAUGUAUGUUUCGUGGUGCUCCUCACGCGCGUCAUAUUAACAUACAACCUCAAAUUCGUGAUGCCCAUCAGUAAAGUGGACGAAAACAUGCAACGCGCUCAGCGUCGUGGCGCGUGCGCUUCACAGCGCUUCUGGUGGCGUCGCGACGUACGCUCACAAGACGCCGACACGUAUCUGGAGAUGACCGUUCACGAGAUCAUUAACGGAAAGGAGGGCGUGUUCCCUGGUCUUAUCCCUCUCAUAGAGUCCUACCUGUCCGGUAUGGACGUAGACGCGGACACUCACUGCUCCGUGCAACAGUACCUGAAGCUGAUACAACGCCGCGCCUCCGGAGAAAUACUCACCAUGGCCUCCUGGAUGAGAGAAUUCAUUGACAAACACCCGCAAUACAAAAAAGAUUCCAUCGUCACCGAAAAGAUCAACUACGACCUUCUAAAGACAGCGUACGGUAUUCAGUCUGGUACGAUCCCAGCUCCCACACUCCUCGGCAGUUCCAAUGUGUCCAAGACCAACGACGACAUCCCAAAAGCCUUCAGCAAGAUGAUGAGCAAGGACUGUCCUUAGAACGCCGCCCGUGCCUUCCUAAACCACCUCCGUAGUGUAACGAUUAAUUGUCUCCUAUACGACUGUAGCUCAUUCGAUUGCCUUAAAUUAAUACCAAAAGGAAGCGAUAUUUAAAAUUAGCUCGCUAGAUUAUUGUCACAAUAGAUCACACUAGGGUUGCCUUAUAUAAUAUCGGAUGUAUAGAAAUAUGUCACGUUUAUUUUACUAUUUUAAAAAUUCGAAUGCAUCCAAAUCUCACUCCGACGCCGAUGGUACUUCACAAUGUUUCGGAUCUUUCACUCUCGCCCUGUAUUCGUUCAUUAUUAAAAAUGUUUUGAAGGGAAACAAAAUGUAUCUGUAAAUAAUUUUAUUCGCUAUCAAAAUGUUAGUCGACAUCGAUAUCUAAAUCGAAUGACGUUUGUUCAAAAUGUAAAGUUGUAUUUAAAAAUCUGCUAACACUUUAUUGUGAUAACAAUUUAUUUUACAUAUACGUAGUUAGAUACUUGGAGACUGUACGAGAUUCAUGAAGGCUGUUUCAGACCGACAAUAAUUACAUACAACAAGAUUCAAGUCUGAAAGUUUCCUAAAAUUUUUUUCGAACAUAAUCUGUGUACAUUAUUUUUCAAUUUUAACUAAUGUGAUAAAUAUGUUAGUGAUUCGGAUAGUGUAACGAUUCGUUUUAGAAACAUGUAAAUUUUUCUCAUAUCGUUUCCAAUCAUGGAUAUUCGGGAGUAGUUUAAAUCAGUUCCGAGUGAUAUUUUGUAAUUAGAAUGGUAGCGUAUACCUGCACGAGUACAAUCAGUGAUGUUUGAAACGGAAAUAGAUACGACGUGAAUUUGCAUUUAGUGUUAAAUUUAUAUAUGUUCACUUCAUGUAAUCGUGAUAUAUAAUUAUGUAUAAACAUUGUAAUUUGUACCAGUUAGUGCUGUUUUUUUUUAAUUUAGUUAGGACACAACACAUAACUUUCAUUAUAAAUAUUAGAAGAAAUUCAUAGUUAGUGUUUCGUUGUGCACAAGUAAUACGUGUUAAUAAUAAUUGGACAAUUUUUGUUGAACUCACGGAGCCAUGACUUCUUUCAUUUCAUACUCAGUGACGUAACAUAAACGUAUAAUUUUUAUUAUUUUUUUGUUCAUAACGUUCCCUUAUUGUUUUAUUCUGGUAAAUUUAUUAUGGAUACUAUAUAUAAAGUUGUUAUGAUUUUUGUUUACUGUUACAUAUAAAAUAAAUGCACAUACAAAUAAAAAAAUAUUAAAUGUUA